UUGUGUUUAUGCUUUAGUUCUUUAAGCUACUAAACCCAUUUGAUCUGAAGUUAUUUAACUUUCGCAAAUCAAGCCACGAGUUUUCGCUUCUCGACUUGGAAAGUCUCGUCCUUUCGAUCUCAAUCGCGUCUCUGUGUUGUCUUAACAAAAGGAGUUUCUGGUUCAAUGGCUGCGAGCGAUGAAGUUAAUCUUAUUGAUAGCAAGACAGUGGUUCCUCUCAACACAUGGGUCUUAAUCUCCACCUUCAAACUAUCCUACAACCUCCUCCGUCGAUCAGACGGAACGUUCAACCGCCACUUAGCCGAGUACCUUGACCGUAAAGUCACCGCAAACGCCAACCCUGAAGACGGCGUGUUCUCAUUCGACGUGGUGAUAGACCGAACCACCAGCCUCCUAAGCAGAGUCUACAGACCAGCUUACGCAGACCAAGAGGGACCUGUUAGUGUCCUAGACCUCGAGAAGCCCCUUGAUGACGAGAUAGUCCCCGUGAUACUGUUCUUCCACGGAGGCAGCUUCGCUCACUCCUCAUCCAACAGCAAGAUCUACGACACGCUCUGCCGCAGGCUCGUCGGCGCGUGCGGCGGCUGCGUUGUCGUCUCUGUGAACUACCGCCGCGCGCCUGAAAGCCCUUACCCUUGCGCUUACGACGAUGGCUGGACGGCUCUCAACUGGGUGAACUCGAGGACGUGGCUCGAGUCCAAGAAAGACUCGAAGGUUCGUGUCUUUUUAGCGGGAGAUAGCUCAGGUGGGAACAUAGUCCACAACGUGGCGUUAAAGGCCGGUGAAGCGGGGAUUGAUGUGUUGGGGAACGUUCUGCUUAACCCCAUGUUCGGUGGGGAGGAGAGGACUGAGUCUGAGAAGCGUCUUGAUGGGAAGUACUUUGUGACGGUUAGGGACCGUGAUUGGUAUUGGAAAGCGUUUUUGCCUGAAGGGGAGGAUAGAGAGCAUCCUGCUUGUAACCCGUUUGGGGCGAGAGCGAAGAGCUUAAGAGGGUUGAGGUUUCCCAAGAGUCUUGUCGUUGUGGCGGGUUUGGAUUUGAUUCAGGAUUGGCAGUUAGCUUACGCGGAAGGGCUCGAGAGAGCGGGGAAAGAGGUUAGGCUUGUGCAUUUGGAGAAGGCUACUAUUGGGUUUUACCUCUUGCCUAAUAAUAGUUAUUUUCACAGUGUUAUGGAUGAGAUUGCUGCGUUUGUUAACGCGGAGAGUUGAGGUUUUAGUGGUUGCUUUAGUUAGUUUGUGUGGUGUUUUGUGGGAAGCGUGUGCAACUGUGACUCUGAAAAGCCUAAAGCCAGUAGAAGAACAGCGAAGUGCGUUCAGAGACUUGGAAAGGAACAAAGUAGUAGUGACAUCUUUUGUUGUUUAUAAUGUUGGGCUUGUAGUUGUUAGUCUUUACUUAACUAUAAAGCUGUUUCUUCAGCAUUGGAGUGAUAGUUAAUGGAUAUAUACUUCCAAGAAUGUAUGUAGUAUUUAGCUUAUGGAGUUAUCUUGUAUUGUAUUUUUGCUCCUUUUUUUCAUUGUACUCUGAUGUAUUUACAAAAUGAGGAUUGCACUUAA